UUUUCCUCAACAUCGAGUCCAGUUCGAACGGUUACUGACUACUUCAGCCAGGCACAGAGAGGCAUUCCAAUGAACGAGGCGCUGCCACUUGAAGUCGCCGCUUACAACGAGAGCACGUCAAAAGAACAAUACCUAUCAGCAUGUCUUGUGCCAACUGCAGCCUGCCCCGACUCACCCCCCUUUACACCGAAUGAGCCGCCACAACCUGGAGCAUGGACAGAUGGCUUCACGAUAGGCCCAUACGACGAUUGUCGCCCCAUUGCCGAAGGUGUGACAUCUGAAGUCUACCGGACGUCGAGAAGCACGGCUCUGAAGGUCAUCACGUUCCAUACACCACCACAUGACCCUCAACGCGAGGCUCUCAUACUCGAGGCACUCAAAGGACGGCCCUCUAUCAUUCAGCUGGAAGCGACAUUCCGUGAUCAAGAGCAGCGCCUUGUUCUCGAAUUCCCUUAUCUGCCCUUUACGCUGGGACACCUACUCGAGAAGGGUCCUCUCGAUGACGGGCAGCAGAACAGGAUCUUCAAAGAUGUCUUGUCCGGGCUAAGGGAAAUCCACUCUAGAGGCAUCAUCCACCGCGACAUCAAGCCCUCUGCGAUUCUGCUAGCGUCACCUUCAGGACCCGCGUACAUUUCAGAUUUUGGAACAGCAUGGUCACCAGACCAUCGCGCCAGAGACGAGCCACCCAGUGGCAAGAUUCUCGACAUCGGUACAGGGCCUUAUCGAGCACCAGAAGUUCUCUUUGGGAACACGGCGUACUCGACGGCAGUAGACAUGUGGUCUCUUGGCGUCGUGAUAUCCGAAGCCAUCACCAACCCGCCGAUGCCCAUUUUCGAAUCGAGGCCUGCGCAUGAGGAUGGCAAUCAACUCGGCCUAAUCCUAAGCAUUUUCAAAACCCUGGGCACGCCGACAGUGGAUACCUGGCCUGAGGCCAAGGAGUUCAAAGUAACACCCUUUGAAAUGUGGACUGUCUUUCCAGGAAAGACAUGGCAGGAGAUACUUCCGGACGUUGCUGAGGAAUGGACAGAACUAGUGGCCGCGCUUGUGAGAUAUGACGGGAAACGAGCUACUGCUGAUCAGGUUGGUUUCUAGCGGUGCCCUUGCGAAAACGAAAAUCCUAAUAUUUGCAGGCACUCAGCUUCGGUUGUUUCCGAGAGCAUUCGUAGCCCCUCUAUCUAACUUUUUUCUAUACAAUCGCCUUUCACCCUUGACGCCUCUUUUGCGUGUCCGCUCCCAGAUAGUCGAUGGGGUUUCUGCACAGAGGGCACGUGUUCUGGUUGCUGGUGCUAAACCACUUAUACAAGCAAACCCUGUGGAACAGGUUCUUACACGUGGUGCAUCGCUUGUCCGGCGUCUUUUUGUCCGACGAGAUGAUACUGUAACAGAUCGCACAUUCGCCCUGGCCCUUGAGGGCGCCGACAAUGUUGCGACGGAAGACCUGCAGGCCAUCAAUGAUGUUGCCGUUGGAGAACGUGAUGACACCGCG